AAAAAUUGUCUAGUAUAGGGCUGAAUAUUUUCCCGCCCUUCCUUCUGCAGCUUCUUCUUAUUGUUCUUGAUGGUGUGACGCACUUAAAACCGUUAAGACGUUAAUGUUAACCUCUAAAAUUUUUUGAGGGUUUGCAAAUUAAUAAAUUACCGGCUCAUAGUUAUUACAUUAGUGCAGUUUAAGUUCUUUGUUACAGUUUCUGUGAUAUUUGGAAUUAAUCAGAAAUGGAUAACUCUUGUGAAGACUCAAUUGUUACAUUGGGGGAAGUGUUGGAAGCCGAACAAGAGAUGAUUGAAGAUGCUAAUGCUGUUUUGGGAGCUGGAGAUGACAAAAAUUGUACCUAUACAGAAGGCUAUAUGAAGAGACAACCUCUCUAUGCUUGUUUAACUUGCAUUCCAGAGGCUAAAGAGGAUCCUUCAAAACGUGCUGGUAUUUGUCUCGCCUGUUGUUAUCAUUGUCAUGAUGGACAUGACCUCAUAGAAUUGUACACUAAAAGAAAUUUCCGUUGUGACUGUGGUAACAGCAAAUUUCCUGCAAAUACUUGCAACUUGAAUAAAGCCAAAGAUAAAGAAAAUGUUUUGAACAACUACAACCAGAAUUUUUCUGGUGUUUACUGUACUUGCAGCAGACCGUAUCCUGAUCCAGAAGACAAGGUAUCUGAUGAAAUGAUCCAGUGUGUUAUUUGUGAAGAUUGGUACCAUACUAGACACCUGGACUGCAAACUUCCACCUAUGAACUCCUAUGCUGAGAUGACAUGCAGGAGCUGUGUUGAAAAACAUCAGUUCUUAUUGCACUACGAUAACUUGUGCAUUACAGUUCCAAAAGAUGCAGGAGAUACUCCAGUUGAAGUAGAGAAUACUGAAGACAAAAAAACAGAUGAUUUAAAUGAAAGUAAAUCUUGUGAUGACUCACAGAAAAUCGAUGAAACCAAUGAAAAGGAUUCUGCUGCUAAGGAAAAUGAAAAGGAUUCUGCUGCUAAGGAAAAUGAAAAGGUGUCCGAAAAUACUGAAAAGAAUGAUGCCAUCAUUGAAAACAACGAAAAAGAAAACAAUAUAAAGUCUCAUGAAGAAACUAAGCCUAUUGAGGAAAAUGGAGCCGUAGAAACUGAAAAAAAGGAAGAUACCAAUAAGGUAGAAGCCGAAAAAGAAAAAUCUCUGAAACAUGAAGGUGACGGUGAGGCCGUUACUGAAAAUGAAGAAAAAGUUUGUAUAAAACCAAAAGAAAAAUCAGAAAAUAUUUGCGCCAAAUUUUGGACAAACGUGAACUGGAGACAACAACUCUGCACCUGUACUGAAUGCUUUAAUAUGUACAAGGAACAAAACAUUCUGUUUCUAAUUGAUGCAGGAGACACUGUCCAGUCUUAUGAAGAAAAGGGAAAAGCCAAGAGCCUAGAAAAUGCCCAAAAAGUAGAAGAAGACAGUAUCAAAUUUCUCAAUUCAGUUAACAGAAUUCCACUCAUGGAAACUUUGGCUGCCUACAACGAUCUAAAAGAAAAUUUAACUGAUUACCUAAAAAAAUUUGCUGAGAACAAGAAAGUCGUCAGAGAGGAGGAUAUAAGAGAAUUUUUUUCAGAAUUUGAGUCUAGAAAGAAGCAGAAAGUUGAAAUUCCUUCAAUGUGCCGAUAAGAAUCACACAAACGCUCUAUGUAUUCCAUUUAUCUAUUAAUUAAUAUCUGAAUCUUACAUUACAUUAAUUUUUUUGUAUAA